AUGUAUCGCGCCGCCGUGAUUGCCGUCCUCUUCGUGACCGCGGCCGGAUUCGCCACCGCCGCAGACGUCCCCGCGCCUGGUCCAAGCUCGAAUCCCGAUCACGCUGCGCCUAUUCAUUCUCCGGAGAAAUCCCCCUCGUUCGCCGUCCCCGCUCACUCCCCUGCCUCCGCCGUUCCUGCUCACUCCCCUGCCCUCGCCGUCCCCGCUCGCUCCCCUGCCUCCGCCGUUCCUGCUCACUCCCCUGCCCUCGCCGUCCCAGCUCACUCCCCUGCCAACGCCCCUGCUGCCUCGAGGGGCCCCGUCGCGGCCAAGGCUCCAUCCCUUUCAACUGAUGCUCCGGCGAGUGACGCCUCGCCGUCGUCCUCCCCAGCAGCAGCGCCGGGCAUGGACUCUGACGACUUGGAUGACGAAAUCCUGACUGACGCUCCGCUUGCAGGAAGUCCAUCGGAGCCACCCACUGACGAAUCCCCGGAAGAGGCCAUGAGCCCGGAGGGAGAUGAAAGUAGCGGAGCGAGUGCACAUGGGGCUGCCGCCGGCGCCGCCCUUGGCGCUCUCUCCGCCGUUUUCCUAGCGUUUAUCGCUUAA